CUCAAAAAAGAGCAAAAAGUGCAGAAGAAAACAUCCGUGGCUUAUAAAUCUUCCUCUUUCUUUUAUUUUCUCUCUCUCCUCGUUUGCCCUUCUGUCUGCAACUAACUAUGGAAAAUCUCUCUCUGUUUCCCUCAAAAUACUUCUUAUUAGGCUCUUGUCCAAACCCCAGUGGCCUCUCGAACAGACGCUUCUUCGCCCUCCCCAACCCAUCAAUUAAGAGAAGAGAAGGCCCACCCAAAACCCGAAAUUUCAUCUCAGCUCUCGGCCAGGGCAGUCUGGAUGGCUCACCCCGAAGACUUCCCAAAAAUGUGUUGGAGAAACUAGGUGUGGAGGCUUUUGCAAGCAUUUCUUCAAGCAGCAGUGAAACAUCUUCCGUUGGCGUCAAUCCUCAACCUUCUGUUCCACCUCCACCAUCUUCUGUAGGAUCUCCUCUCUUCUGGAUCGGAGUUGGUGUCGGACUCUCAGCUUUAUUUUCAUGGGUGGCAACAAACUUAAAGAAAUAUGCUAUGCAGCAAGCUUUCAAGACAAUGAUGGGUCAGAUGUCCACAGAAAAUACUCCAUUCAGCAAUGCUGCCUUUCCUCCGGGAUCACCAUUCCCAUUUCCAACACCCACUGCAUCAGCACCAGCUGCAUCACCUUUCCCUGCUCCGUCUCGAGCUGCAGUUACUGUAGAUCUCCCUGCCACUAAAGUAGAAGCAGUACAAGAAACAGAAGUUAAAGUUGACCCAGAAGUAAAGAAGGAACCCAAAAAAUACGCUUUUGUAGAUGUUUCUCCAGAUGAGAUGCUGCAAAAAUCUCCAUUUGAAAGCUCUGACGAAUUAGAAGGGACAAGUUCUUCCAAGGAUGUUCAGUCUUCUGUGGAAGUUUCUCAAAAUGGUGCUUCUACCAAGCAGAACGUAGGUGCUUCUAGUGAGCAAUCCAAAUCUACUCAAGAACCGGGUUCUGUCAUGUCAGUGGAAGCUUUAGAGAAAAUGAUGGAAGAUCCAACGGUGCAAAAGAUGGUCUAUCCCUAUUUGCCUGAAGAGAUGAGGAACCCUGCUACCUUCAAAUGGAUGCUUCAGAAUCCACAAUACCGUCAACAGUUACAAGAAAUGCUAAACAAUAUGGGAGGGAGCACUGAAUGGGACAAUCGGAUGAUGGAUUCCUUGAAAAAUUUUGAUCUUAGCAGUCCAGAUGUCAAGCAACAGUUCGACCAAAUUGGGCUCACACCUGAAGAAGUCAUUUCAAAAAUUAUGGCCAACCCUGAAGUUGCUAUGGCAUUUCAAAAUCCAAGAGUUCAAGCUGCCAUCAUGGAUUGUUCACAGAAUCCUCUGAGUAUAGCUAAAUAUCAAAAUGACAAGGAGGUUAUGGAUGUUUUCAACAAAAUUUCAGAACUCUUCCCUGGGGUGACAGGUUCACCUUGAUUUCCCUAGUUGGUCGAGGGGGUAUAUAUGUGCCCUACUUCCGCAUGACCAUGUGCUGAGGUGCACUUAGUCUCUUAAUGACACCAGGUGUUAAAGAAGUGCACAAAUUUCAUAUCAGUUCCGGGUGAUCUGAUGAAGUCGGGUUUCUUCAUUUCCUGAUUGUCCUUGCUUUCGAAGAUGUAUUAAAGCACUAAGUCCUGGUUGUGCAAUUGAAUGCAUGCUCUGGUAGCAGUGCUAAAGGUGUGCUGUAUAUCCUCUUUGCUAAUCAAACAGAUGCAUCCAUCUUUAUUGUCUUAGGGUGUAAAAA